AAAAAAACAAAAAAAAAAAUAAAUCUAAAUAAAAAAAUGUCAUUGCGAGAGGCCAAACAGGAAAACCCAUUUGAAACCACUGAUUUGUAUAAAACCCGGUCAUUGUGCCAGACCAGCAUUGCAAGGACAAGAUGGAAUACAACUACGACGACGUUGGGGUUGAGUCGCUCAACGACGAAACACCGCAACUCUGCCAGAUCCUAUACAGCGACGAAUACAAGCGGUUAAUGGGCACCCUCCUCGCAAUGAUGAAGAAGAAAGAGUAUAGCGAGCGGGCAUUGGCGUUGGUUGAACGGGGGAUCGAGAAACUAGCCUCGCAUUACACGUUAUGGAACUACCGCUACAACAUUGUGGUUAACUUGAAGAAGAGCUUGAUAGAAGAGUUGGACUGGUGUGAAGCCAUAGCAUUGGAAAAUGAAAAAAACUAUCAGAUAUGGAACUACCGUCAAAUGAUAAUUGAGAAAAUCAGUGAGAGUCAAGCGUACCCUGCGCACCGAGAGUAUCCGGUGAUGAACGCCAUGCUAGAAGAGGACUUGAAAAACCACCAUGUGUGGCUGUAUAGAAAAUGGUUGGUAGAGAGAUUUGAACUCUACCAAGACGCCAAAGAGAUUGAGUUUGUUAACAAGUGUAUUGAAAUAGAUAUAAGAAAUAACAGUGCCUGGACUCACCGUUUUUUUCUAAUGAGUAACGGGAACCCAGUUUUUCAAGACGAAGUCCAAUACGUCAAGGAGAAAAUUGGACAAAUACCCCAAAACCCAUCGAGCUGGAAUUACUUAUUGGGCCUAUAUAAACAUUACCACCAGCCAAUCGAGCAAUUGGAACCCUUUUGUCUAGAGCUUGCUGACAUCAAGGCUGACAAAAUAAAAUGCUCCUAUGCGCUAGAAAUGCUAGCCAGAAUAUACCAGCCGGCAAAAGCAGUGCAAGUCUACAGGUCGUUGCAGCACUACGACCCAAUCCGCACCAACUACUGGAACUACAAAAUAAACUCGCUAUCCGAGGCAUAGCAUAGUACAGUAGUAGAGGAUAAGUAUAGUAUAGUAUAAGUACAGUAGUAGAGUAUAAGUACAGUAUAGUAUAAGUACAGUAUAGUAUAAGUACAGUAUAGUAUAAGUACAGUAUAGUAUAAGUACAGUAAGUACAGACAAGUAUUGUUACUGGAUAUAGGAUUAGCCUAUGCU